GCCGUCGAGGCCGAGGAGGCCGGCAGCUGGAGCGACGUCUUCAGCGACGGCGGCAUCAGCGGCUUCACCCGCGUCGCCAUCGGCUUCGCCGCCAACUUCUUCCAGCAGAUGUCCGGCGUCAACGUCAUGUCGUCGCUGGGGCCGUACGUCUUCCAGGACUCGAUCGGCAUGAGCCGCCACGACGCCCUGCUGGUGUCCGGCGGGCUGCAGGUCUUCUACUUCCUCAGCAGCCUGAUCCCCUGGUGGGCCAUCGACCGCGUCGGCCGCCGCAAGCUGUUCAUGAUCGGCUCCGCGGGCAUGGGCACCUGCAUGCUGCUGUCCGCCAUCUUCGUCGGCAUCGGCACCAAGGGGCUGGGCUACGCGGCUGCCGUCGUGCUGUACCUGUUCCAGACCUUCUUCACUCUGGGCUGGCAGUCCAACAUGUGGAUCUACCCGAGCGAGCUGCUGCCGCUGAAGCUGCGCCUGCGCGGCGGCGCCCUUGCCGUCGUCUCGCAGUGGCUCUUCACCUUCCUGGUCGUCGAGAUCACCCCGCCCAUGAUCACCAACAUCGGCUACAAGAGCUACAUCGUCUUCGCCGUCAUCAACUUCGUCACCCUGCCCGUCGUCUACUUCUGCUUCCCCGAGACGAGCCGCUUGCCGCUUGAGGCCGUCGACCUGCUCUUCGCAGACCGCGAUGGCAAGCGGCCCUCCAUCUUCCGCGUCGUUCGCGACUCUAAGAAUCCGCAGUAUCUGGCUGAGAUUCAGACGCAGCUGCAGGAGCGUGCGCGCCUGCGGGCGGAGAACGAGGCCAUUGUCGAUGCGGCGAAGCGGCAGGUGGAGCAGGUCGAGCAUGUCGAUUUGGAGAAGUAG